GUCAAUGUUUUUGUUUUUACUGGUCGUCUUCUUAAGCUUGGCCUUUCAGUUUCUUAGUUAGAGGCAGAACUAUUUUAAUUAUCAUACUACUUGUGAAGUCUCUUUUAAACCUUUUAAAAACAAGAUAACCGCCUUAAUACCCUAUUGUUAUCUUGAUGAAAAUGACAAAGAAAGAAUACUUAAAGCUACCUUCAAAGUCCAGUUUGGGGCCAUCAAACAAUUACCCUUUUCAUACAUCCAGGAAAGUUAAUACGGCGACCGGUAAAUUUGUAAAGUUACCUAGCCAAAGUCAUCUUAGUACCGAAAAACGAAAUUUUAUACUUGGAAGAGUUGUUGUCUUCGCCACUGCGAAAUCCUACCAUAAAACGUUAUUAAAACAAUAUCUGGAAACCUUUUCAACCCCCUGUUACUUCCAGGACGCUUUAUACGUUCAGCUUCCUACAAUAAUAGCUAGCGAAUUUAUUCCUGAAGUUUUUUAUUUUGACUAUGGAGUGAUGGUUUGCUGGGGCACCACCGAAGACGACGAAAAAUUGCUCUACAAUUAGGCUAUGAGAAUGGUAGAACCCUACGAAGUCGACAAAGCUGAGCCGGGUUGUGUAGAGAGCGAUGAGUAUGAGUUUGAGUCGAUAUUAAGGUAUGCGAUCUUAUUGAAUCUUGACUGAAGGAAAAUCUGUGUUAAAAAAAAGCAAUUUAAGCACGGCCUUUUUUGCUAGUAAAUUUCUAUAAGAACAACUUCAAUCUGGUUCUUAAAACGAGUAGGACGGAAGAUAAGGAGCAUAAAAAACUUAACAUAUAAAAAUUAAAAAUAAUUUUAAGAAUUUUGGUAUAUUUGUACUUCUCUCGUUUACUUUCUUUACGCCUGCGCCUGGCCAGCCCCAAGUAAGGGUCUCUAUAUCUGUUUUACUAUUAGUCGUAUUCAUUAAAGUAGAUUUAAUAAGUCGAUCUGAGCAUCUUUUUUUUCGGGCAUAUUGCACUUUUUUUACGAAUCCUUUCACGCUGACUACUUUUAGUCGGCACCGAAAAAUUUCAAAGCUAUUUUAGGAGCCUUUUUUAGAAAAUUCAACUCCUUUCGAAGUUUUAAGAUAUAAGGAUGCGCCUGUCUAUAUCCUACGCGCUCUCGCAAAGUUGCAAACUUUCUGUGUUUGAAGAGAUGAUUGACCGGACUAUUGAUAAAUACCAGCUAGUCCCUCACACUUUAGCCACCACCGGAAAAGUUCAGAUGACGAGGCAGGAGAUUGCUAAGGUGAUAGGACAAUUGUUCUUGCAAACAAGCUUAGUGAACCUGGUUUCUAACGUUCUGGAUACCCCCGAUUUCUUCUGUUGUGAACAUUCUGUAUGCAGGGAAGAGCCCGACCACCUUGAGCGGCUGUACCUGGCCAUUCGAGGGUAUCUGGAAAUAUCGCGGCGCUGCGAAGUUUUGAACAGGAGGCUGCAGGUGGUCUCGGAGAUGAUGGGCAUCCUCAAGGACGAGCAGAACCAACUGCACGGGGAAAAACUCGAAUGGAUCGUCAUAUGGCUGAUCGUGGCUGAGCUAAUAGUAGGCAUUGUCGGCAUUGUGGUGACCCUCUACCUCACGCCAGCAGCCCCGCGCUCUCAGGAACGUGAUGAAGUGGGUGUAUGGCUUAUUUUCUAAGAGUAACAGCUAACAAUAAAAGCACAGCCGUGGAGAAAACUAUUGAACCCUUUAUUUUUGGGCUCCUUAAAAGUUUAUCCUUGCAAAGGGGUACCCUUACCUUUUUGGAAAGGCAGAGCCGGAUUAUACCAACAGCAAAAGCGGGGGCCUUACAGGGAAGAACUAUUGAUAGCGUUAAAUCGUCACGAAAUCAACUCGCAUAACUCGAAAAACCAGUCUUCCUUCUUCCUCUUGUUCUUAGCUUUUCUGCUGGUGUGG